AUGAAAUUCCCGGGCUCCGUCCUCAUCUCGCUGUUCCUCUUCGUGGCCGAGACGGUGACCGCCCUGUACCUGAGCAGCACCUACCGCUCGGCGGGGGACCGCAUCUGGCAGUCGCUGACGCUGCUCUUCGCCCUCCUGCCGUGCGUCCUGGUCCAGUUCAGCCUCGUCUUCAUCCACCGCGACCUCAGCAGGGACAGGCCGCUCGUGCUGCUGCUGCACAUCCUGCAGCUGGGACCCAUUGUCAGGUGUGUGGAAGUCUUUUGCAUUUACUUUCAUGCAGGCAGAGUGGAAGAGCCUUAUGUCAGCAUCACCAAGAAGAGGCAGAUGCCCAAAGAUGGACAUUCAGAAGAGGUUGAGAAGGAAGUGGGCCAGGCAGAGGGCAAGCUCUUCACCCACCGCUCUGCAUUUAGCCGGGCAUCAGUGAUCCAGGCUUUCUUAGGCUCCGCACCACAAUUGACUCUUCAGCUGUACAUAUGUGUCUUGCAGCAGGAGAUCACGGCAACUAGAAGUAUCUUCAUGGUCCUUUCUCUCCUGUCAAUUGUCUAUGGAGCACUGCGCUGCAACAUCCUGGCCAUUAAGAUCAAGUAUGAUGAUUACGAUGUCAGUGUGAAACCUGCUGCCUACCUCUGCAUCUUUCUCUGGAGAAGCUUUGAGAUUGCAACCAGAGUGAUUGUCCUUGUCCUCUUCAGUUCAGUCCUUCAGAUCUGGACCCUUCCUGUAGUGCUUGUGAAUUUCUUUGCUUUUUUCUUUCACCCAUGGAUUCUCUUCUGGCAAAGCAAAUGUACUUUGCCAGAAAAUAUAGAGAAGGCAUUGAGCAAAGUGGGCACCACCAUUGUCUUAUGCCUUCUCACUUUCCUGUAUGCUGGUAUCAAUAUGUUUUGCUGGUCAGCUGUGCAGCUCAAGCUUAACGAUUCUGAUUUAAUUGACAAAUCCCAAAACUGGUGCAGACUGGCUUUGUAUUACAUCCUGAGGUUCCUGGAGAAUGCUUUUCUCUUGCUGAUGUGGUAUCUAUACAAGACAGAUGUCUACACAUAUGUAUGCGCCCCAAUGCUCUUCUUGCAGCUGCUGAUUGGCUAUUGCAUAGCUGUCCUGUUUAUGCUUGUGUUCUACCAGUUUUGCCACCCAUGCAAAAAGCUUUUUUCAUCCAAUAUUUCCGAAGGAUUGGUGCUGUGUUUCAAAUUAUUUUGCUACAUUUGCAAACCUCUUACAUCUAGCACCUCUGUGGAAAAGGCAGACUUGAAAUCCCCAGAGGAUACUGAAAAUGAUACACAAGCCACUUAUGAAUCCCAGAAUGGAAAUGCCCAUCACAGUGUUUCUUCCAAUGCCUAGAGCAAGACACCACACGGGAAGGAGGUGCUACACAAAGCCACAGAUCACUCCCUUCAAGAACUCUGGCUCAUUUUGCUAAUGAAGGGGGAAUGCUUUGCUAGGCAUGCACCUAGCAAUGUUUCUGAACAGAUGGUUGUAUGUUUAAGCAACCCAGCAAUUUGCAAGAGCGCAGGCCCUCCAGUUAUCCCUCUGCUUAUCAUGAUAGGAGGCACGUUGCCCUAACAAGCUGUUGCAAAGUUCAGCAAAUUUAACGAUAAUUUGGAAUGGCGGUUUAAUGCAGAUGACUUCCCUCCCAGACAGUGCAUUUCACUGUGCACGAAAGGAAGGGCCACAAACUUUGUCCCAGAGAACUUCCCCCAAGUCAUGAAACAAAAGACAAUGUGAUGACAAAAUGGCAACCUAUGGAGCUCCUUACUUCAUACAAGGAACUAACCUGAUGAGCAGCAAAGGGACUACAUAGAUCAGCAGAACAGGGAAGGAACAGGGAAGCACAUCAUGGGUUAGACUGUGCAUCAAUGUGCUAUGUGCCCUGGACUUUCCCCACCCCUCAUCCCCCCCAGCACCAAGGUUUUCUGUAUUAUGUAUGAUACAAUCCCAUCCUCGUUGUCUGGUUUGGAACUGGGGAAGUGGAGCAGUUUCUAAAGCCAGACUGCAAUGGGCAACAAGAAUGUAGUUGCUCAAUUCAGGUGUUUACCACAACCCUACCCAACAGUCUUUUAAAGCCGUUACCCUUUUUCCCAAAAGGCAGCCCAAAGACUUUGGUUUUAGAUUUGCUUUUUUUGUUGUACUUGAUUGCCGUGAUUGUGUUUCAGCUUUGUACAGUGUUAAGAAAGCUCUAGUGGAUGGGUACAGGGGACAUGCCAUUUAUUAGCAGUAGUUAAAUAAGUGUAAAGUCAUUGAAAUUGAGUGUUAGCCAUGUCUUAGGAUCUAUGCCUACUAUUUUACAUCAGUACAUCCAUCAAAUCAAACAAAAAUGAAAAAGAGAAGAGCAUGAAAAUCACAAGUUAGAUUCCUAAAGCAGGGGUCAUGGUGCCACGGUGGGUUGGAAGCCAUGUUUUGGUAAUAUGAUUCAAAGUCCAGUUAUCUAUGAAAGGCCAUUAGAUGGGCUUUGAACAAGUCGUCAUCUUUAGCCGCUUACUACCUUUUGUAUUUCCUUCUUCCUCCAAGUUGCUCAGUGGUGAUUUACAGAGCAAUCUUGUACAUGUUUACUCAGAAGUAAGUGCUACUCUGGUCAGUGGGGUUUACUCCUAGGAGCCUUGGCCUCCUGUCACUCUACACAGUAUAUCAGAGAAACUGCUCAUCUAGCAAGUUUUACAGAUGGCUGGGGAUAUGAACUAGUUUCCCACACCCAUUCCCAACACUUUAACCUACCUCUUAGGAUUACUAGGAAGAUAGAUAAAGAAUUGUAAUGCAUCUUAAUAUACUGAAACAAUUCUAGAGAAAACAAUUAACCAUAAUAAAGAUCUGCUUUCUCUACCACAGUGCUGACCAAUGUUUGCACCAGGCAGCUAAAAAUUCAUGCCAUGCUUAGCUGGUGCAGGAUGGAACCAUCCCGCUGUGCCUCCACCUCUCAUUGAAACAUGCAUAAACUGUUUCAGACUGGUGGGACCCACCUCAACCAAGUCUGCCUGCCCAGUUACAACCAUGCGGAAGUCAAGACCAGCAAGCAAGCACCCUUGUACUUCAGCAUGACCAUUCUGUAUGCCCUUUGAUCUUUUUAUAUCAAGUACAAUACUGUUAUCUCAUCUGUGCAAUGUAGCCAACUUUUUUCCUAAAAAUAUUG